AUGAAUGAAUCACUUCAAAGUACACCCAAAUCAAAAACCAUACAUAAAAACUUCAAAUAUAAUGAUAUAAAUAUGACAACUACAACUGUAAAUGAGAUGCUGCUGGCAACAUUAGUUUCAGAUCAUGAUAUCACCACUAAUAAAUUUGGUUCAAUUGAAUAUAAUAUAAAUGAAGCUAUACAAGAAUUAAAUAAUAUAUACAAGAUCAUAGGAUACUCAUCAUUAGAAAUAACGAACAAAAAAUCAGAAAUAUUCACAAUAGUUCAAGAAACAAUAGAUAAUUUUGCCCUAAGUCUAAAAAGAGAAAAAAGCAAUAUUGAUAAUGAGUGUGAAUGGUUAAGACAACAAAUUCAAAUUAUAUUAUCAAUGAUUAAUGAUAUAAGAGGUGAUAAAUGUUUAAAUUUAUUACAAAAGGGAUUAGUUUUUAAUAAUAAACAACAAUAUGAAGAUGGUUAUAAAGAACAUAUAUUAUCAACUAUGUCUAAUCCUAAUUUCAAGCUAUCUAAUGAUCAUCAUAAUGAAUUGACUAUUGAACAACAAUAUGAAUAUAUGGUUAGAACAAUUCCUCAAAUAACGUUAUUGGAAAAACGAUCUAAAUUGAAUUAUAUUUUCAUUGAUGUAUUGAAACAUUUUGUGAAGUUAUAUAAGCAAUUCAAUACAUUAAAUUUGGAAUAUUCUUCAUUGGUUGAUUUUAUUGGAUCUUCUGAAUUUGAUCCUGAGAUUGUAAAGAUUGUCCCGACGUUUGAAGUUGCAAAAAUUCAUAAGGAAAUAAUAGACGAGUUCCAAUCACUAAUCAAUGAAAUCAACACCACAAAAAAACUACCAGAAGAUGAUAAUGUAUUCAUACUAGCGAGUCCUGUAAAAGCAAGUCAUAAAGAUGAACAAAUGGAUGAAACAAUUGAUCAAGAUAAUAAUAUAAGUCGAUUAAGAGAAGUAAAUUAUCAAAUAGUUCGAAUAAUACGAAGUUUAAAAUUUACUAAAAUAACAACUGAAUUAACACAAAAUAUUAAAAAUGAAAUUGCAAUUGGUAAAGAGCUGUUAGAACUACGGAAAAAUACAAUGAUUGAAGUUAUUGAAAAAUGUUUGGAAUCUAUUGAUUUUCUACAAUUUACUAAUGAUCAAUUAGGAGAUGUUCAACAAUCUAAAGAUGUGUUGUAUAAAGAAGAUUUGAUUAUGAUUUUGGAAAAUCCAUAUAAAUUUGGAUUACAUGAUGAUAAAUUAGAAAAAUUAAUUAAAUUACAACAUUCAUUAGAAUCAAAAAUAAAUGAAAAACGAGAAAAAUGGUUAUAUUAUUCCGAAACAUGUAAAAACUUAUGGUCAAAAUUAGGAGAAAGUGAAGAAUAUAUUAAUGAAUUUAUGUCUAAAAAUAAUAAUUUAUCAGAUUUAUCACAAUUAAAUUUUAAAAUGGAAUUAAAUAAAUUAUAUAUAAAAAGAUCAGAAUAUAUUGAAAACUUUAUAUCUGAUGCCCGAACAGAAAUUGAUAAAAAAUGGGAUAAAUUAUAUUAUUCAAUGGAAAUGAGAAAAGAAUUUAAAUUUUUUAAUUAUAAUUAUGAAUCAGAUAUUGAUAUAGACAAGGAAACUAUAUUAAAUGAACAUGAACAGUAUUUGAAACAACUUGAAGAUGAAAUUAUAGAAAAAUCAUCAAUAUUUGAAAUAUAUAAUGAAUUAAAUGAAUUAUUAGCUGAUCAAAAAUUUUUACAAGAAAGUUCAAAGGAUUCAUCAAGAUUAUUAAGUAAAAAUUCAUGCAAGAUUUUAUUAAAUGAAGAAAAAAUAAGAAAAAAAAUUAACAAAAGAUUACCUUUAAUUUUUAAAAAUUUAAAAAAUGAAAUUAAAAAUUAUAAUAAUUUAGCUAUUGAAAAUGGUAAAAAAAUUAUAAUGAUUCAUGGUAAAGAUUUUUUUGAAGAAGUAUUAAAUAUAGAAAAUCAACAAUUCAAAACAAAUAAUAAAUUUGGUAAAUCUACAUCACCAGUUAAAAGACCAACUACCACUUCAAAUCUGAGAAAUAUUUCACCUGAAUUGUCAACAAGAAGAAAUGUGACUUCUUCUACAUCUUCCACAAGAAACAAGAUUUUCAAAUCUCCCACAUCAAGAACUAGACCAACUUCAUCAUCAUCUUCAUCAUCAACCACUUCCUCAACGUCAUCCACGUCCCACAAAAUGAAUCCAAGAUCCACAAAUCCAAUAACUUCUUCUACCUCGUCAAUGAAUUUCCAAAGUAUACCAAACAAUUUUAUGUCAUCAACAAUAUCAGAUAAAUUCAAUACAUUACCACCAAACUUAACAAUAAAUACAUCAACAUCUACAUUAUUAAGUAGUCCAACAUUAACACGUUCAACCAAUCACACAAGACCAGUACAAAAUAUAGAAUUAAAACCAUUAUUAUCACCAUUAAAAUUAUCUACAAAUAAUAUAAAUACUCAAUAUUCAAGAAAUAAUUCACCAACAACCAAGCCAAUUUAUCAAAGAUCACCAAGUUUUAAAGAAAAUACUUUUAACCACCAAAAAUAUCCAAAUAUUUUAGAUGAAAAAUUGACGUCUUCAAAAAAUAAUAAUAAUUUUAGUAUUAAUGCUAAUGAUACUACUUUUUCAACAAUGUUGGGAACUGAAGAUUAUUUAAAUUGGAGAGAUGAAAAAAUUAAACAAUUAAAUAAUUAA